AUGGAUCGUUUCGACGUUGAACUAUUUAUUGAUGAGGUGGAGAAGAGACCUGCAAUAUGGGAUAUUCAGUGUGAUGAUUAUUCAAAUAAAAUAAUCAAGAACCGAGCUUGGCAAGAGUUGGUGGAGAUAUUUGGAGAUUGUGAAGACACGUUAGAAAAAAAGAAUAUUUUAAGUACACAACUCCAAAAAAAAUGGAAAAACAUACGAGACUGCUAUAAUAAAGAAUACAAAAAAGGAAAAACGACUCCUUCUGGUUCAGGUGCUCGUAAAGGAGCCCAAUAUAUGUAUUUUGCAAGACUUUCUUUCCUGCAGAAUAGUGUAAGUAAUAAAGACACCACAACUAAUAUUGAAGAACAGAAUGAAAGACAAAGUGAGGAGACAAGUCAACUAAACGCCAAUGUAACCGAAGCCACUGAAAAACGUCCUCCUAAACGAAAGAAAACACAAGUGCCAGAAGAAAAAAUAGCUGUUUUAAUAGAAAAAAGCAUCGAGUCACGAAAAAAAUUCCAGGAUGAAUUUAAAGAAAAUAGUAUUGCAAAACAAGAUGACGACAAACUCUUUUGCUUAUCGUUAUUCAAAGAAAUCAAAAAAGUGCCAGAAAAUAGGCGUUUAGCGACAAAAAUUGAAUUACUUCAAGUAAUACAAAAAGGACAAAUCUUACCGCCCCCUGUUCGCUACAAUACUCAGCAGAUCACACCUAUGUAUUGGCAAGGACAUGGACAACAGUAUACAAGCCAGCAAGGAUAUUUUACAUCUGGAUCAUCUCCUCCUGUUAUUCCGUCACCGUCACCAUCGCAAUUAAGUUCUAACUCUCAGUCGUCUACUUUUAUAGAGAAUAUUUAUGCUGAUUUUGAAGAACAAAAUUAA